ACAAAUCGGCUACGCUUUCAUACAUUCUUACUUCACACAUCAUUUGUGAGAUGAGGAAAAUAUUCUUUUCUUCUUAAUUUUUGAGUUUUUUGUUUAAUUAAUGGUAAUUGUUGUUGGUUUAAUCCGAAUGCAUUGAAUGCAGUGUAUAAAACGUAUUUGAGUUUAAGGCCUGUUCCGAAGGGCGCCAGGUGAACUGAAAAUAAUCAACAAGAAAACGUACGAACGAGUUGGUUGUGGAGUCUCGAAAAAAUCGACAAUUCUGUCGCGGCUGACGCGGGGUUAUUUACAUCCCAAAUAAGUGGAAACUGACAACAUUGCAUUUGUUUAUAAGGUGGUGCAACUUAUUCUGUCAGUGGAGGAAGGGACCGUUGCAAAAAGUGUGGAACGGGAGUCUUUGAUUGCGGACCAUGAAUUCAUACAUGAGACAGUCAUCUGUGUCCGCCGAUCAGAUGCACAGUUUUCUCAAGGACAAACAAGCAUGGGAAAACGCCAUCGCUUUGUAUCAGGGUCCGGAUCCAUUGGACCAUUGGUGGAAUUAUAUUUGUUGGUAUGAAAAUCAUGGCCAUGGUGAUCCCGAUAAUAAAUUUCGUGAAACGCUGGAGAGGUGCCUAACGCUGUACGAGCACAGUGAUUACUACAAACAGGAUUUGAGAAUGGUGCGCUUAUGGUUAAAAUACAUCGAUAUGCAAAACAAUCCAUUGCAUUUCUAUCAAGUGCUCCAUCAGCGUGGAGUCGGCAAACAAGCAGCUUGCUUUUAUAUCGGUUGGGCUACAUACUAUGAGUCGAUCAAUAGCUUCAAAGAGGCUGAAGCAGUUUACAACUUGGCCUUUCAAGAAAAGGCGCAACCAUAUGCAGACUUGCAUCACGCCCAUAGCAAAUUGAUGUACACCAAAUCGGUACAUGCCCAGCAACUGCUUCAACAACAACAACAUCCUGCCUAUGUUCACCAAAAUCCACCAACAAAUGUUUCGGUUGGUCUCCAUGUCCAACAGCAAACACAGCCCCAUCAAGUACAACAAUAUCGUCAGCAAGUUUCCUAUCAGCAGGCAACAACCGUUCCCAACCCAACUAUGGCAUCGCAACCGUCAGUAUCUCAUCCGCAGCAGGCACAUUCUUCGGGAGGACAUCAGCAAACCCAUCAAGUUUACCAUCAACAACAGGUCCAUAACCAUUAUACAUCUACAGUGCAGCAGCAAGUUCAUGUACAGGCGAAUCAGCAGCAGCAACAGCAAGUCCAUGUCCAACAUCAUCCACAACAACCGCCACAUUCGAUGUCAACAGCUGUCCACCAAGCACAACCGCAAACUGUCAAUGCGACACAAAUAUCACAUCAUGUGUACAAUGUUCAACAGACAGCAACCCACCAGGCAACGCCGAACCUGAGGUCUGUGCCGGUAGAGCAACAGUUACCGGCUGCCACUACCAAUAUGACACGCCAACAAUAUGAACGGGCGUUAGAGGCUUCAACAAAACACCAAAACACAACAACAACAACAUGCACACAACCAUCAACAACAGCUGCAACCAGCAGCUCUUCCAUCCAGGUUCCCGGUCUAGAUGCAAAUAUAAAAUUCCCAGCAUAUUGUCGUAACAAUCAUGAAACGUGGCAACCUGCCCUCUUUCUGGAAGAACCAGAUGAUCCUCAAAAAAUAUGUUAUUAUGCUAAAAGUACGGUAUAUCCUCAAGGUCAAGGCGUUGAGUAUAGCCCGGAAGAGAUUAGAGCGAGGCGAUAUAAACAAAAAAUUGCAGAACUGAAACAAAAGCAACAGCAACUUAUGACAGAAGUACAACAGAAAAAUCAAACACAUCAGCUACAAACACAAGCUCAAGCCCAACAAAGUCAUGUCCAAGUACAAGAGAUAGGUUCCUUAAAGAGCGAACCUACCCAUCAUCAUCAGCAGCAGCAGCAACAAGCGACUACGCAACACUAUUACGUUCAACAACAGCAACAUGUACAACAUAAUAACAUUUAUUAUCAAUCACAGAUUCAGCAACACCAACAGCAAAUUAAUCAAAUUCAUCACAAGACGAAUCAUGUGGCCACUAAUUAUCAAGCUGGAUACCUUCAACAACAACAGCAGCAGCCACAACAAUAUACUACAGCUUCCACAGAAGAUGAUGAAGAAGAUGAAGUUGAAGAAUAUGCUGGAGCCGAUACAGAGGGUCAGGAAGACGACAAUCCCGAUACAGAGGAGGAAGACCAACAGCAUCAACAAUAUCAACAAAGACAAUACUAUCAUCACCAGCAUCAACAACAACUCCACUAUCAAAAUAACGCUGUUAAUACCCAAGAUGAUUUGGAAGACCAAAUCGAAGCUUCUACGAUACGUUUUAGUAUGCAUACGCCUAGCCAGGGAUCUCAAAAUAAAACGCUUAAAAUCAAAUUCAAAAAAGAAAGACCCAGCACCGGCACCGAGACUCCUAAUGGUAAUAAUAAUAGCUAUAGUGCUUACACAAUUGAGAGAAUAUAUCAUCAGCCAGAGAUUGACUCGCCAACAUUGCCUGAAAAUGCAUUGAAACGCAACAAUGGAAACAACCACAGUUUCCAUCCAUAUAUUCUGGGCCAAACUUCAACGCCAAAGACUUCCGCUAAGCGACAAAAAUCAUCGAAAUUAAAGAAAGUUUCUAAUAAUUGUCACGUUUUGGCUUGCCAUAAUAGUAAUUCAUCAUCCGCCGAAAAUGGCCAUGUAAACGCACUCAAUGCUAGCAAUAACAAUAACAGUUUAUCCAAGAUCUCUUCGGAUAACAACAACAAAUCUCAUCUUAAUGCCACAUUCAAUGAUAAUGCCAACUAUUCAUUCUCAAGUGCAGCCGCUUUGGACAACUCAAAUUGUUCUCUGUCCAAUGCUGUGGGUCGUCUCAAUUUCCGUGAUGCCUCAGCGCUUAAUAAUACCACACUGAAUCAAAGUAAUGCCGUUGAUAUAUCCACGUAUCAAGAGAAUUCCUAUUUCUCUACCCAACAUGAUGUUGAGGCAAAAGAACGACGUUUGGCUAAAGCAUUAGAGACUAUUGAACGUCAUAUGGCCAAAGAAGCUAUCGAUCCCUUUAGCAGUGAGUUGUGUAAGGCUUUUCUUACAAAGCUCGAUUUUCCCGGAACGGAAAGCGAGGCCCAUGAUAAUUACAAGAUUAUACAAACACCACUACCAAAAAUCGCCAAUACACGACAACUGACAUUAGGCGAUGGCAUGCAAUUUAAUAUCGAUAAAGAGAUUGGCCGUGGUUCCUACGGAUCGGUGUAUAAAGCCACAGAUGCUGUUACGGGCGCUGUUGUAGCGCUGAAAUUCCAGAAACCUGCAAAUACUUGGGAAAUCUAUAUAUGUGAUCAGGUUUUAAAGCGUAUAAAGUCACCCAAUAUCUUACCCGGCCUUAUGGAUAUAUCUACAGCUAUUAUUGCGCCCAAUGCCAGCAUCAUUGCUACCGAGUUUUCGCCCUAUGGCUCAUUGUUGGACAUCAACAAUAAGAUUCGCCAGGCUACCACCAAAGUUAUGCAUGAAUCAUUGGUGAUGCACUUUUCCGCACAAAUAUGUAAUAUAAUCAGCCACCUGCAUCAGAACAAAAUAAUCCAUGCCGACAUCAAACCAGAUAAUUUUCUUUUGAUGCGUGUGCCCAGCACUGAUCUACAUUUUCCUUCAUUACGUCUAAUUGAUUUUGGCUGUGCCAUCGACAUGACGUUAUUCCCCGACGGCGACAAGACGAAAUUCCGGAAAGUUAUACAAACGGACGGCUUUACCUGUAUAGAGAUGCAAGAGGGGCGCUCCUGGUCAUACGAAACCGAUCUAUUUUGCAUUGCGGGAACAGUGCACGUCAUGCUAUUUGGUGAAUAUAUGCAAUUGCAGAAGCGCGGUGAUACUUGGGACAUAAAACAGAAACUGCCACGUUAUCUAAAGAAACACGUCUGGACGCAAUUCUUUGGUGAUAUUUUAAAUAUAAAAUCGAAUAAAUUGCCCAAUUUGAGUGAGAUGCGCAAUAUUUUUGAGGAAGAAGCUGCCAAAAUGGACUCAGAAUUGCAGAAACAAAUGCGUACCCUAUCAAAUAUUUUGCAUAGACGAUAAGUUUUUAAUAAUUUUAGGCAUAUUCUUUAAUCUUAAAACCCCAUUAACUUCAGACGAGUUCAAUAUUUUUCUUUGGUAAAUAUAUUUAGAAGUGAUGAUUAUGUUCUAAUGUUGUACAUGCGCUUACUAUUUGAAAAAAAAAGUAGUUGGCCUAAGGAUAGUAGCAACUAUAUUCUACGCCGAAGCGUUUUUUUACGGCAACAAUAACUUUAUUGCGUUAUUUUUCAUUGUUUAAGAAUAUGCAUCUAUGUUUUUUAUCUAUUUUGCAAACUAACUACUUGUUUUAAUUUUUCCACCAUCAUGAAGUCCAUAAUUGUUGGCAGAUAUCAAUUAUACAAAAAUUGGAAGUGUUUUUUUAAGUUCACUGCUAAAUGCAUUCGCUCUAAAUUGAACAACAGUUGGGUAUUUAACAAAUCGAUUACAACUAUAAAAGGUCCAUAUUGGCACGUAUAACAUACACACACAAAUAAAUAUAUAAAUUUAUUUGUAGUUAUU